UUUUUAAAAAAAUGACGCCUGGUUUUAUUGGACGGCCGGGAAAAGUCAAGGCGGCGCUGUCGAAAGCCCUGCAACCGCCAUAUUUGUUUGGCUCAAUGAAGCUUUACUGCGUUAAGUAAGCAUUUUUCGGUGCACCAGCUAACAACUCCUUGUAAAUUACACACAGACAGAGACUCGUGGCAGCUGAUAGAAGUUGGGGAACGAGAGUGACCGAGUGUGAGGAAAUAAAGUAAACUGGAGAAAUUAAAUAAAUUAAAACGCAAAUCGUUGGGUCUCAUUGACCCAAAAAAAAGAUCAAUCAUUGAUUCCGACGAGUCAACUGUGAUAAUGGGUGCCCAGGAGGAGGACACCAAGUCCAGUAUCAUAGACGAACCGAAUUCGACGGCGAAUGGUGUCGGGGGAGUUGGAGAUUUGCCAGCAAUUCAAAUUCUCACGUUGUUAGAAAAAGCUAAAUUUUAUACUUCACUAUUUCUCGGUACAAUGGCAAUACUCGCGGUCUUCGGUUUUCUUUUUUUAAUACCGUUCGUCGUAGAGCCGGCAAUCACAACGAUACUUGCUGACUUUUCACCGCAUCCUGUCGCGUGCGUUGUUAGCGAGCAUGUUUACGCUGAAGGACUUAAAAAUUGCUCUUGGGCCAGUUGCAGAGAAGGUUGUACCAGCGCGGCAACGCGAUGCCACCAGCUACGAGUAAACUAUUCGCGGGUAACAUUUGAGGAAUUCACAUCAAAGCCAUUGGGUUCCAUACCCUGGGAUGUUACUGACACAAAGUUCUUCAUAAAUACCGAAGGAUGCGGAUACCCGCCGCGGGUCAAUUGUUCCGAGUUUGCUAAGGGAUUCGGUUACAGUAACAUGGGUAAAAUAAUUCCUUGUUACUACAGUCGGACGUAUCCAGGAACUGUUGUUUCUAGAUAUUCAUGGAAUCAAAAUUUGAGGCACUUGGUACUGGCAAUAGUGAUACCGAUAUUAAUAUUCGUGAUAUCACUGGCCGUAUUAUUUUAUUGGCAUUGCACCCCAAUGGCUAAAAGUUGCGGAGGUCCAGGUCGCAAUCUCAUUGAUAAAUAUUCAAGAAAAGAAGACAUUCUAGCGGAAGACGAAUUCGAGGAAGACGAAGAGGAGUACUGAUUGUUACCGAGGGCUCACCCCCCAGCAAGGGAGUGACCCCCAAUAAUAAUAAUAAUAAUAAUAAUGAUAAAAAUAUUAAUAGUAAUUUUAAAAAAAGCCAAUCAAAUUUAUUUGAAAUUAAUUUAUCUAAUUGGCCCAUAAUUGCUAAUCAUCAAGCAAUUAGAGUCUAAUUAAUAAUAUUUAGUUUGAGUUAUAGGUAAAUUUUUUUAAUUUUUAAAUUAAUGAUGUAAAUUUUAAUAAUAAUAGAUAUAAAGACUCGAUCGUCUGCCAGUAAAUUAAUACGCAAUCGUUUACGCGUUAAAUGCUAAUUAAAUUUUAAAGGACCUCAUUAAUAUAAAUCCAUUAA